AUGGCUGUGUCCUGGAGGAGCUGGCUGGCCAACGAGGGGGUUAAGCACCUCUGCCUGUUUAUCUGGCUCUCCUUGAAUGCCUUCCUUUUCUGGAAAACCUUUUUCCUGUAUAAACAAGGACCGGAGUUUUACUACAUCUACCAGAUGUUGGGGCUAGGGUUGUGUCUAAGCAGAGCCUCUGCAGCCAUUCUUAAUCUCAACUGCAGCUUUAUACUUUUCCCUAUGUGCCGAACUCUCCUGUCGUACAUCCGAGGGUCUCAGAAGGUUCCAAGUAGAAGAACCAGAAGACUAUUAGAUAAAAGCAGGACAUUCCACAUAACUUGUGGUAUUACCAUCUGUAUUUUCUCAGGUGUGCAUGUUGCUGCCCAUCUGUUAAAUGCCUUGAACUUUUCUGUGAACUACAACAAGGAGUUCCCUGAACUGAAUGCAGCAACACACCAAGAUGAGGAUCCUAGAAAAUUUCUCUUCACAACUGUUCCUGGUCUGACAGGAGUCUGUAUGGUAUUAGUGCUCUUCUUAAUGGUUACAGCUUCUACAUAUGCCAUGAGAGUUUCUAACUAUAACAUCUUCUGGUAUACUCAUAAUCUCUUCUUUGUCUUCUACAUGCUGCUGAUACUGCAUGUUUCAGGAGGGCUAUUGAAAUAUCAAACUAAUUUAGAUACCCACUCACCUGGCUGCAUCUAUCUCAAUGGAACUCUUUACCAGAAUAUUCACUCACUAGAUAAUAUCUCAAAAUACAUAAAUGAACAUUUCCCUCAAGGAUAUUCAAAAUCAGACGACCCAACCAACAAAGCAUUUAAGAAGAUUUGUAUGGAGAAACCUAUAUUUCGAGCUAACUUUCCACAGACUUGGAUUUGGAUAUCUGGACCUUUGUGCCUGUAUUUUGCUGAAAGACUUUACAGGUGUAUUCGUAGCAGUAAGCCAGUUACCAUCCUUUCGGUCAUAAGUCAUCCAUCAGAUGUCAUGGAAGUCCGAAUGAUCAAAGAAAAUUUUAAAGCAAGACCUGGCCAGUAUAUUAUUCUACACUGUCCCAGUGUGUCUGCAGUAGAAAAUCAUCCGUUCACUCUCACAAUGUGUCCUACUGAAACCAAAGCAACCUUUGGGGUCCACUUCAAAAUAGUGGGAGACUGGACAGAGCAAUUUCGAGAUUUGCUACUCCCUCCAUCUAGUCAAGACUCUGAGAGUCUGCCCUUUAUUCAGUCUACAAAGUAUCCCAAGCUCUAUGUUGAUGGUCCAUUUGGAAGUCCCUUUGAGGAAUCGCUUAACUAUGAGGUUAGCCUCUGCGUGGCUGGAGGCAUUGGAGUGACUCCAUUUGCAUCAAUACUCAACACCUUGCUGGAUGACUGGAAACAAUACAAGCUCAGAAGAUUAUAUUUUAUUUGGGUGUGCAGAGAUAUUCAAUCCUUCCUUUGGUUUGCAGACUUACUCUGCAUAUUGCAUAACAAGUUUUGGCAAGAAAACAGACCUGAUUAUAUGAACAUCCAGCUGUACCUCAGUCGAACAGAUGGAAUACAGAAGAUAAUUGGAGAUAAAUAUCAGGCACUGAAUUCAAGACUUUGUAUUGGACGUCCUCCAUGGCAAUUUCUUUUUGCUCAAAUAGCAAAAUGUAACAGAGGGAAAACAGUCGGUGUUUUUUGCUGUGGACCCAGAUCCAUUUCUAAGAUUCUUCAUAAAUUGAGUAAUCAUAACAACUCAUAUGGGACAAAAUUUGAAUACAAUAAAGAAUCUUUCAGUUGA